AUGUCAGACAAAGUUUACAUUGUGGCAGCUGCCAGAACACCAAUUGGCUGUUUCCAAGGCAGUCUCUCGUCGAAGACGUAUGUGGAGCUUGGGUCUACAGCAGUUGCUGGAGCCUUGGCUCAAGUGCCAAACUUGAAAGCUUCGGACGUCGAGGAAAUCUUCUUCGGUAAUGUUUUGAGUGGCAAUGUCGGUCAGGCACCAGCGAGACAAGUUGCCCUUUCUGCAGGGUUGAGCAACAGCAUCGUGGCUACCACUGUGAACAAAGUGUGCGCCUCGGGUAUGAAAGCUAUCAUUUGCGGCGCUCAGACCAUCAAGUGUGGGAAUGCAGACGUAGUAGUAGCAGGCGGAGCUGAAUCGAUGACCAACACUCCCUACUACAUGCCAGCGGCUCGUGCGGGCGCCAAGUUCGGCGCCACGACCUUAGUGGACGGCAUCCAGAGAGAUGGCCUUAACGACGCUUAUGACAACCAAGCCAUGGGUGUGCAUGCCGAAAAGUGCGCUCGCGACUACCAGUUCACGCGUGAGCAACAGGACGAUUAUGCUGUUGCAUCAUAUCAAAAGGCUCAAAAGGCUCAAGCAGAGGGCAAAUUCGAACGCGAGGUUGUGCCCGUGACGAUCAAAGGCUUCAGAGGUAAACCUGACACCCUUGUUACCAAGGAUGAGGAACCCUCAAAACUGAACGUGGAGAAACUAAGAUCUGCCAGAACCGUUUUCCAAAGAGAAAAUGGUACUGUUACCGCGCCAAAUGCAUCCCCAAUCAACGAUGGUGGUGCUGCUGUGAUCUUGGUCUCGGAGCGCAAAUUGCAGGAAUUGGGUUUGAAACCGCUCGCGGUCAUCAAAGGCUGGGGUGAAGCCGCGCACGAGCCUGCUGAUUUCACCUGGGCGCCAGCUUUGGCAAUUCCAAAGGCUAUGAAACACUCAGGCAUUGAGUUGGACCAAGUAGAUUUUUUCGAGUUCAACGAAGCGUUUUCCGUCGUUGGCCUUGCAAACCCAAAGAUUCUUGGGAUCCCGCUCGACAAAGUCAAUGCCUACGGUGGCGCCGUUGCCAUCGGUCAUCCACUCGGCUGUUCUGGUGCCAGAAUUGUUGUCACUUUACUAUCCGUUUUGACUCAGGAAAAUGGUAAAAUUGGUGCCGCUGCUAUCUGCAACGGUGGUGGUGGUGCCUCAUCCAUCGUCAUUGAAACUCUAUAA